CUGGUGAGCGCAGCUUUGACACCCGGAAACACGUCACUCUCAAUCGAGGAUAUGGGACCGUGAAAGUAUGGCGGAUGCCGAGGAGCCGUAAGUCUCAAUGGACGAAAAAUACAAUUUAACGGUAGUUGAACUCUCGCCUUCUGCUGUAAAGCCAGCAUGCUUAAGCUCCAUUAUAUUUCCUUCUUCCAGGGAGAAGAAAAGAAGGAGAAUAGAGGACCUGACUGAGAAGUUAGUGACGAAUGCUAAAUAAAGGUCUCUGACUGGCAGCAGGUUUGCGUUGCACUGUGAGCAGCGACUGCUGGGCCAGGAGACAUGGAAAUCAACAUUUUUACUCAUUUUGACAUCUCCAAUAACCAAACCAUCAAUUUAAAACCUCUGUUGAUUUACAUGUAUCCAUUUAUAAAGUCGAACUUAAAGUCAUGGCCUUUGCAAUAAUUCUGUGUCAUCCUUACACGAUUAAAUCGUCUGCAUGACCCAAAAACGAUUGCUUUGAACCAAUGCCAUAUUACAUUUGACCCUGAUGUUAUUCAGCAUGUUGAUGCAUUUACUUAACCCUAGAACACUAUUUCAUACUGUGUAAAGUCCAAAGGAAGGGGAAAAGGUGCCAAAAUAUAUCAAAAUAGGACAAUACUUGACAAAUUGAAGUAGUUUUCUUUUAUUUUUAACCAUGUGAUGUCCAAAGGGAGGGGGAAAAAGUUCCAAUAUAUAUCAAAAUAGGACAAAACAUGAUAAAUUAAAGUAGUUUUCCUUUAGUUUUAACUGUGUAACGUCAAAAGGGAGGGGAAAAAAGGCAGAAAUAUAUCAAAAUAGGACAAUACAUGACAAAAGAAAGUAGUUUUAUUUUAUUUUUAACAGUUUAAUGUCCAAAGGCAGGGGAAAAGUGCCAAAAUAUAUCAAAAUAGGACAAUACAUGAUAAAUUAAAGUAGUUUUCUUGUGAUUUUUAACUGUGUAAUGUCCAAAUGAAGGGAAAUAGUGCCAUGAGGGGACCAUAUAAAAAUGCAACAAAUAACUGAAAUUAGACAUUGAUUAACAAAAAGUUUCCUGGAAAAAUAUACAUAUAUCGAAACUGUAAACUUAGUUUCAUUUCCACCCAUUUUCUGGGGCAUGUGAGUCGUCCCUGGUGAAGACUCAGGGUCCUUGGCACAAUAACAGCUGCAGGAGAGAGAAACAAAAUAUGGCAGAUUUGACCAGCUGACUGAAAUAUUUCUUAUCACCAUAUGAAUUCCCUGGAAAAUCACUACUUUGUGAUAGUUAUUCAUAACCACUGCGCUAAAUAAAGAUAGCAUACAAAUUCCAGGAUCACUCUUACUGACCUUAUUCCCUCCAUGCAGCUAUCAAAUCCACCCAAACCUACUUUACCCUCUAUCACUAUUGCCGGGUGAAAAUCACCGAACAUGUGCCUGUAGGAAAAAACAGGUUUGGAUCAGGGAAACAAAUAUGCCUUCAAAGAUGUCAAAGGAAAUGCUGAAGCUACCCAGAGACCCAUGAUACUCAGACAAACGCAACAUAAUGAGAAUCACGUAAACAUGUUUUGUCGGGUGAAAAUCACCCAGCGAUAGUGUUCUAGGGUUAAACAUAUUACAAGAAUUAGAUUUGUGAAUAUGAAGUACUCUUAUGUUCCCUAAUGCAAAGAAAACAUCAGGUAGAAUUUCUCCUGUAUCUAAUAGACUCAUUUUGUUAUUAUAAUUGUGGAAGAAAGUGUGAUUUUAAUGCACAAUGUCAAGUUAUUUUACAAGUUCAGUCUUGUCUUGGUGUGUGGGUGUCCAGAAUGGCUGUAGAUGGGGUACACAUGGACGGCGGAUGCGACUGGGACGGUCGGUGGAAUCAUGUCAAGAAGUUUUUGGAGAGACCCGGUCCGUUUACGCAUCCUGACUUUGAGCCAAGCACUGAGGUGAGAAGAAACAAUUUCAUGGAGACAAAAAUAAAGCUGUGGAUUCACUCUCACGAGGGAUACCGCUGCUUCACUUCAGUGUGUUUUUAUUUAUUGUUUCAUUUACAUUUUUUCCCUUUAUCUCAGUCGCUACAGUUUUUGUUGGAGACAUGCAAGAUUUUGGUCAUUGGUGCAGGAGGACUGGGAUGUGAACUCCUCAAAGAUCUGGUAGGACACAGUUUUAUAGUCCACUUGAGUUUGUCAAGCGUAGUCAGAGAAAAUACAAGCUGUUUUUAUCAUACGUCAAGCAUACAUGAGUCCUUACAAUGUGUUGUUUUAUUUGUGUUUGCACAGGCCCUGUCUGGGUUUCGCCUUAUUCACGUUGUUGAUAUGGACACAAUUGACGUGUCUAACCUCAACAGACAGUUUCUUUUCAGGUAGGUUUCACAAUCAUUUCCCUUUUACUCUCAUAGUGUGAUAAAACUAUUAAUACUUCAUCUCAUAUGUCUUAUACUGAAUUUUUAAGGCCCAAAGAUGUUGGACGACCAAAGGCAGAAGUUGCUGCUGAUUUCGUCAACAAUCGCAUCCCUGGAUGCAAAGUUGUCCCGUAUCCUUUACAGGAAUGUUUUUUGGUUUCAUUAAUUGAUUUUUACACUGAACAGAAUAUAAAAUUACAUAGUUUUUUUUUCCUUAUGAAUAACAUGCAGUCACUUCAAAAAGAUCCAAGACUUUGAUGAGUCUUUUUACAGGCGUGAGUAUUUCUCUUCUCAGUGUUUAUUUAUGAGCAGGGAGCUUUACUCUGAUGUUGAACACAGUCAUGUCUUUGCAGAGUUCCACAUCAUUGUCUGUGGACUGGACUCCAUCAUAGCCAGACGCUGGAUGAAUGGGAUGCUGGUAGGCAGUAUUACAAUAUUUUUCAUCGUUGACUUUCCUUCUUUACCUUUUGUAUUUCAAGCGCCUUUGUGCUCUGUUGUGUCUAGAUAUCCCUGCUGAGCUAUGAAGACGGUGUCCUAGAUCCCAGCUCCAUCAUCCCUCUCAUCGAUGGAGGGACAGAGGGCUUUAAAGGAAACGCUCGUGUCAUCCUGCCCGGCAUGACUGCGUGCAUUGACUGCACUUUGGAGCUUUAUCCACCACAGGUGACCACCCAACAGGAAUGAUUUUCAGGAUUUCUCUUCAAAAGAUUCACACGCCACAAUUGCAGUAGAUACCAAUUUGACUGUUUUGAAUGGCACAACAGAAUAGUUGAUAAUCCCCUGGACUCUUUGUGAAGCUUCACAUCUGCUCCUCAGCUUUUUCUUUCGCUUGUGAAAGAGCAUCUGUGCUGCACUGGGGGUGAUUUUUCACAUCUCCAUCUGCAGGAGCAGCUGUUUUUGGAAAAAAACCUGUGGCGUUUUAUUGUGAUAAAAUAGGCAGUGAUAAAAACCAGACUGAGAGGAGAAAAGUGGUGCAAGGAAAAAGAAAUAAAUUACACAUAGCCAGCUGAAGUGCAAAACAAGUACAGCUGUGGUUUCUUUGCGCGAAAAUCUAACCAAAACUUGAAGGAAAGAAAGUGAAUAAAGACUUUGAAAACAUGAAGAAGUCAUACCUGUUAGGGCUCGACCGAUUUAUCAGCAAACCGAUUAAAUCGGCCAAUUUUAGCCUGUUUGAGACUUAUCCGUUAUCGGCAAAACUCGCUGAUUUUUGCCGAAAGAAAUAAAAUGCGGAGAAAAAGAUUUGGCUUCACUUAGAAAAUGUUACGCCAUUUGAAAAGUUCCCCGACUUAUCCUGUAGCUGGCGCAGCGACCUCAUGACAAUCUUCAUCCACUUACUACCUCACAGCAGAGCAGAGUGACGGAUCUGAAGCCGGCAGCUCAGGGACGAAUGGAGGAGAGUGGUCCGCCUCAACUGGAAAUAAACUAGUUUGUGAAAUACACAAUAAGUCAACAAGUUUCAGUUUAACCCACUUCACGAUGUUCCCCGCUGUGCUGGUCUCGGUCACGCCGAGUAAACGGUGAAACACCAUGUAAUAUGCAAGCUAAAGUUAGAGUAAGCCAUCUGCUAUUAGCCUUGCUACACUGUUAGCCGUGCCAGUAAUGGUAGAAUAACAGCAAUACACAUACGUGAUUGAGCUACUUCUCUUACUUAGGAAGCUGCAUGUCUUCAGAUGAGACCGGACCGGAAAUGUGUAACAUGAGUUAAGACGCGGAGGCACCGAUCGGAGGCGGAGGGGAGUGGGGGGGUAGUAGUUGAAAACGCUUUUGUGGUCCGAGUUUGAUCAGUCUGUCUUCCUGUUGGCGUGAAGAGCAGUAGCCUACAAUAUAUCUACAGUAUAUAUAUAAUUUUUUAUAACUUAAUAAAAAAUUUUAAAAAUCGGCUGAUUAAUCGGUAGUCAGAGUUUUUCCCCCCUAAUAAUCGUUAUCGACAUCGGCCCCAAAAACCCAUAUCGGUCGGGCCCUAAUACCGAUCAAAUUGAAACUGUAAUAAUCUACCUGUUACCAAGGACUUCUCUUCAAGUUUCUCAUGCACAUUGUUGCUGUGUUUCACCAUCAACAGAUUAACUUUCCUAUGUGCACCAUCGCAUCAAUGCCAAGACUACCAGAGCAUUGUAUUGAAUAUGCCAGAAUCCUACAGUGGCCAAAAGAAAAGCCAUUUGGAGGUGAGUUGUAGUGUUUACAUCUAAAUUUCUUUUAUUGCUUCUGCACGAGUACAUAAAAAUAAAAGACGACGCGCUACAUUUUUCUCUCAACCAAACAGAAACAAGUUUAGACGGAGACAAUCCCGAGCACAUCCAGUGGGUGUUUGAGAGAUCCCAAGAAAGAGCCGCAGAGUUCAACAUCACAGGAGUGACGUACAGACUCACUCAAGGUGAAUCGAAGAAUAAAAACUCCAUUAUUCAUUCAUUAACAGUUACACAAGUGUUUGUCAUGAAAUUAAACCUGUGACUGUUUUUGUGUUACAGGCGUUGUGAAGAGGAUCAUCCCUGCUGUGGCGUCAACUAAUGCUGUUAUUGCUGGUAUGAGUCUUUGAAUUCAAGGUUCAGAUUCAGGCAUGAAAGCUGUAAUUAAACCCCAGGCAGCCUUGUUUAUAUAUUCUGGAUGUACCUAGAGUGACCAGCAUUUCAAAAUAAAACAAUCUCAGAAAACACUUUUCCUGGGGUUUCAGGAGGGUAAAUAACAAAAAAAGGAGAACACAAAAUCCACCUUUCUGCCUCUUUUAAAUUCAGUACCAUGCAUCCGGCUGAAAUUGUUUUUUGUUCCUCAUAGCUGCCUGUGCAACUGAAGUAUUUAAAAUUGCUACAAGGUAAGAAGCAGAAAAAAAUUCACAAAUAUUUCCUCUUUAUGAUCAGUUUUGUUGAAUGAGCAUUAUUCAGCGUUUGAAUUUCCAUUGCAGCGCGUAUAUCCCUUUAAAUAAUUACCUGGUGUUCAACGACGUGGAUGGAUUGUACACCUACACAUUCGAAGCCGAGCGGAAGGUUUGUCCCUUAAUUAACAUUAACCACGAGUUACCACCUUGAGCGCCCCCGUGUCCAAACACUAACCAGUUUUGUCUGAAUCAUUUUCCACGAGUAGGAGAACUGCUCAGCCUGCAGCCAGGUGCCUCAGGACCUCCAGUUCUCCCCAUCUGCCAAAUUACAGGAAGUCUUAGAGUACCUCACAGAAAACGCCUCUUUGUGAGUAUUUGGACGAAUAAUUUAUGACGCUUGUUUGGAAAAAUCGAAAAGAUACAAGGUUUAAAAUUGUGUGCAAAUGUUUUUUCCAGACAAAUGAAAUCCCCGGCUAUCACCACAACUUUGGAAGGGAAAAAUAAGACUCUGUAUUUGCAGGUAGAGUACUGAGUUUAUCUGUGAGAGUAUGACUCAAUCCAAGUCACCUUCCCUUUGUUAAACUUUGAAUGCUGCUUUAUUUCAGUCUGUAAAAUCCAUAGAGGAGCGAACGAGGCCGAACCUCUGCAAGACUUUGAAAGGUAAGAGUAGAGGGGAACAACUCUGAUCCCUCCGUGUGUGUUCAAAGUGACCUUUAUCGACUGACGGCUAUAAUUACAUACUUGGUAUACUUUCCGUGUCUGAUGUAGAGCUCGGCCUGUCGGACGGACAAGAACUCGCUGUUGCUGACGUCACCACGCCCCAGACGGUCCUCUUCAAGCUUAAUUUCACCACCUAAACACACAUCACACAGCACUGGUGUCAGACUGACUGCGUCCAGGAGCAAACCGGGUCUCGCAUCACAAGGUCACCGUGAUGCUGCAGUCGCACAUACGGUGUGAUAAUGUAAAUAUAAGACGGGUAACAUCUCUCAUGUGGGGUAGGGUCGACUGUCAUAUACAUACGAACUCAUUCAACUACAUUUUUAUAUUAUUAGGACAAGCGUUUACUUUUUGUGUAUUUGUCACGUGUUGGUUUAUGUUGUAGCUGUUAUUCUGUCGAUCAAGUGAAAAUAAUGAUGUGCACUGUGCUCUAAUAAAGUUUUACUAUCAUGGUUGUAGAGGAUGCAUCUUUCACCAGAUUUCUUUUCCAUAUUCAGACGUUCAUAUGCAGCAGAUCCGGUUCACGGUUACACAUUUGGUUCAUUGAAAAGCAGUUAAAGACAGUAAGAAUCUCUGCUUUAGAGGAUGAAAACAAGGCUGUUUAGUGAAUGUGCAGUCCACAAAAGGAGAAAAACAAAACUAUCACAUCCUAAUUGAAUAGAAAAUCUCUUAGCGGCAUCAGUACUAAUUUAAUCUGUUUCAUAACUAGCCCAAAACUUCUAAUUGGAGAAAUUAGAUUAAAAAUACAACAGUUAACAACCUGUUUCAUAAACUGCUAACUCUCAAGGAAAGCCCUGUGUAGAUGCUGACAUAUUACAAAGUCAUAUUUUGUACAAUUCACCACAUUACCCCUACUUUAUAAGAUUAAUUUUAGAUAAGUUCAAAAACUUUGGACUGCCAUUUGUUUCAUAUUUGUAGAAAAGACAGAAAAAGGUUGAAGGUUUGGGUUAAAGUUGACCUUUUACAUAAAUUCAAGUUCAACUAGUGUCCAUGCUUUUGUUUAAAUAAAAAUGACCGAACAUUUAAGUAAAAAUGUUGCCAUAUUCUAAAAUAUUUUGCGUUGAUACCUUGUUAAAAAAUAUACAUAUUGAACUCCUGUGCAGUGCGAUGCUCUCACUUACUGGAUGUCAGUCAUUUUCAUUUUGCACCACCUUUGAAGAAAACUAACAGGUGUGAAAGCAAACCUCCUCUGUUUGGCAGAGUGACAGCAAAGAUAAAGUGGCUGUUUCCAACUUAUUCCUUUUACAAAAACCCUUGAAUCAAAUAUCUUGUGAGGACAGAGAAAAAAAAAACCAGAGCACUUGGCCUUCAGAGG